GACCACUGAUGAUCGCUCGCUUCGGCUUCGUGCAGUAGUGAAACUGGCAACAAUAGAACCAUCUUACAUGAUACCAUAUUCGUUUUGAGCGAUGCGGCUCGCCUCGAUGAGGUUCUUACUUUAUUUUCGUCUGAAAAACCCUUCGCCGUGGCAUUGUGUAGUGGGGUCAAAGAUACCAUUAUAUGUAGCUAUUUGCGGAUCCACACAUCUCAACAUAAAUUCGAUGGUGUGGGAUGAUGUAGGCGCGUCUGGGCCCGAUCAGAUCUUAGGAUGAAGUUAAAUACUUCAUAGCUCAGGGUGGAUAUCUGGAUGUUUGAUAACUUGUCCACGUCCACCGCCGUUGUACUCUGUUGAUGUUCCAAAACAUUUUUUACUGUACAAAAGUACUGUGACUUGCGAUAGGUCUACAGAUCUUCUACCUUUUGGUAUCCCACCGCAGUACACAUCAUUAGGUGCCAGUAUGAAUCCUCAAACUCAUCUACCUACCAGUACACCGGAGCCGGAAGAAAAUACAUCACAAUAUGGACGCACAUCCUCACCAGAACAUACACUUGAUGAAAACGAAGACUCAACAAUCACUCUGAGUCCAUCGCCAGAGGAUACAUCAGCCGAAUCAAAAAGUAUCGACUUGAAAAAACCUGAUAAGCAGUCAAUUGGACCCGAAUCGAAGAAAAGAGGAUGGAGAUUCUACGGAAGUUUUGCAUGUUUAGCAAUCUUAAACUUAGUUUGCGCCGUUGAUGCAACGAUUCUCUCUGUGGCUUUACCAGUAAGAAGACUUUGAUUCUUUCUUUCUAUGCUUGUUCAUCAUGACUUAAACUGACUUUGGUGAAUGAAGACCAUUGCAACAAGUUUACAUGCCACGGCUAUCCAAGCUUUCUGGUGCGGUACAUCAUUCCUUCUUUGCUCCACAGUCUUUCAGCCUACAUGGGCAGCUUUCUCGCAUAUCAUUGGUCGUAAAUCGGUACUCAUGACUGCACUCUUCCUAUUCUCCGUCGGUACAAUACUUUGCUCUGUUGCCAAGAACAUUGAACUUCUCUUGGUAGGAAGAUGUAUACAAGGUAUCGGCGGAGGUGGUCUCGUGGGAUUGACUUAUGUCCUUCUUGCCGAUAUGGUCACUCUCCGCGAGCGUGGUAAAUGGAUGUCGAUUAUUUCACUUCAAUGGGCGAUCGGAUCUGUGAUUGGUCCAGUCAUUGGUGGUGCGUUCGCAGAAACGCUAACAUGGAGAUGGAUCUUUUGGUUGAAUAUUCCUUUUUGCAUUGUCAGUGCUGUUGGUAUUCCGAUUUGUUUGAAGUUGAAUAUUAAACAAGGUUCUAUGUGGGCUAAACUUAAGGCUUUUGACUGGCUUGGGUCAUUUCUAUUUGUUGCUUCUACAACCAGUCUUCUAAUUCCUCUUACUUGGGUGAGUUACUUCAGCAUCAUCUCUUUUUUUGUAGUACUAAUGUUCAAGAAGGGAGGUGUUAUGUAUUCCUGGAGCUCUGUCCGCACACUCGUACCACUGCUCAUUGGUAUCGGUGGCCUCAUCACCUUUCUCCUUUAUUCAAUCUUCCGAAAGGGCGACCCCUUAAUCAGACGGUCACUUUUCAACUCUCCCACAGCAAUUGUCGCCUACUUCGGAACACUCGUCCAUGGCAUUUGUGUUUGGUCCGUGCUCUUCUACAUGCCAUUAUACUUCGAGGUCGCCAAAAACUACACUCCAAUCCAAGCUGGCAUUGGUCUCUUUCCCCUGACAUUCACAACCGCACCAGCCGCCGUAGUAGUCGGACUCAUCAUUGCCAAAACCGGUCACUACCGCCCCUCAAUUUGGGCAGGCUGGGCUCUCACCACGUUAGGACUUGGUCUUCUCAUCCUCCUUAAAGAAUCCACAUCAAUAGUAUCCUGGAUGUUUAUCAAUCUCAUCCCAGGCAUUGGAUUAGGCACUCUUUUCUCUGCUCAAGGUUUCGCCGCCCAAGCUUCAGCCAGUAACGCUGAUCUUCCAUUCGCCGGAGCAAUGUAUUCUUUCUUCCGAGCCUUUGGCCAAACAAUCGGUGUAGCCAUCUCCGGCGUCAUAUUUCAAAACACAUUCCAAAAGAAGAUUCUCAAAACAGCUUAUGCGGUCUAUGCGAACAAAUGGUCAAGAGAUGCAUCCGCAUUUGUCCAAAUCGUGAAAGCAUGGCCAGAUACUGGCGCAGAGGGAGAAAUGAAACAAGUUGUUAUCGGAGCCUAUGUUGACAGCUUGAAGAUGGUGUGGAUUGUUAUGUGUGCAUUGGCUGGAUUGGCUUUUGUGACUAGUUUGGUCUUUACGAAAGAGAUUCCGAUGAGUAGGGAGUUGGAAACAGAUCAAGGGUUUGAUUAUGGAUAUACCGAAAGGAAGGGAAAGGGGUUAAGCCAAACAAUUAUUCCUAUUACGCCGCAGCGUAAUGGAGAUGAGAUGGUUUAAUGAUUUUAUGUAAUGAAGUUAUGAUGGUAUGAUGUAUGAUAUCUUUGAAUAUUGGUUUUACUUAUGUUGAGAGGGGCGAAUUCGGUAUACAUGCCGGCGUUAAUGCACAAGGUAAAAGGAACAGCGAAAUACCCUCAUUUGGAACGAAAUCAUUUAGAUACUUUAUUUAUGGCGUAUUAUUUAUGGCGUAUAUUUAUAUCAAAAAUUAUAGUAACAUAUUAGUGUUCAUCAAAUUAGCUAUGUGCAGCAAACUAGCAGCUGACAUUGUGUUUAAUAAAAUGUGGUAUAUAAACAGCUAUAUAAUUAUCGUCCCAAUUAUGGCUGCUUUGUUCACACUUCUCGCGAAAUCACUCCUAAAUA